CCUGACUGUGCAUCCCCACCCUGACCCCUGCACCCCAUCUCCCCGUUGACCCCGGGUCUCCCAGCACCCCAUCUCCCCGGCACCCCUGCUCCCCCCGGGACCGCGACCAUGGCGUUCAUGGUGAAGAGCAUGGUGGGGGGGCAGCUGAAGAACCUGACGGGCGGCCUGGGCGGCGAGGAGAAGAGCGAGGGCGAGAAGUCCCCGGCCGAGGCGCAGGGAAUGACCCGGGAGGAGUAUGAGGAAUAUCAGCGGCAGCUGGUGGAGGAGAAGAUGGAAAGAGAUGCCCAGUUUGCCCAGCGCAAGGCGGAGAGAGCCACGGUCAGGUCCCACUUCCGAGACAAGUACAGGCUCCCCAAGAACGAAACGGAUGACAACCAGAUCCAGCUGGUGGGAGGUGACGUGGAGCUGCCCAAGGAGCUGGCCAAGAUGAUCGAGCAGGACAACGAGGAGGAGGAGGAGAAGAACUCGGUUAUCGGCCAGCUCAGCAACAUCCAGAACCUGGACCUCGACUCCUUGAAGGACAAAGCCUCGGCCACGCUCGAGGACCUGAAGCAGUCGGCUGAGAAGUGCUCCAUGAUGUGAGGUGGCAGCAGCCCCGCUCCCCGCCGGCAGGAUGGGAAGGGAGGGGGGCAGCCGAGCGGUGCCGCCUGCAGCGGGGACCCCACUGAUGCUGCCCCCCUCGUCCCGCAGAGCCGGGUCCUCCUCCUGCCUCAACCCCUGCCCCAGGUGUCCCUGGUGUGUGGCUGUUGUCCUGUUCUCCGAUCCGAGGUUAGAGCCGAGAGGCAGCAUGUUCCCCUGUGCCCCAUCCCACCCCUGUGCCCGGCAGCGGGUGUCCCUAGGGAGAGUGGGGAAGGAAAGCCCGGAGUGACCUUGGGGUGUCAUUGAAGCACAUCAGCAUGGGAAGGCAAAGGCUUUCCCGCAGAGCGGUGCCCAGGCGCCGGGUUCCUGCCUCCUGGAAUGAUGGG